AUGUGGGGGGGCGAGGCGAAUGAAAGAAAAGCUCGCUCGGGACUUUGCGAUCGCUCUCUUCAUCUCAACCUCAAAAUCUUCGAACGAGACUUCGAUCCCGAGACAUGGAAGCGUCUACUCGGCGCCGACCACCGCGUGCAGUCCAUCAGCAACGGUUUCGUGGAGGAACCCGCAUAUGGACGCGAGUACUACAGAGGCUACUAUCUCCUCCGGAUGUUAGAAGGUUGUGUCGAACUCCACGAGCCCAAAGCCCAUCCGGGGCGCUUCACGAAUCAUUUGGCGGGUUUGGUGAGGCAUGAUGGGGAAAUUCAUUUGAUGGAUUCUGUGCUUGGGGAUGGGUUUCAGGGAGGGUCUUCGGAACGGUAUCUUCGGCUUGUUAUGAAUCGAACUGAGGAGGAUUUUGGAGGGUUGAGGGAUUUGUGGUUCAAUGCUACAAAUGGAAUAGGAAGCGAGCGAGGUGCUUUAGCUCUUCGUAUGGACGCACAAACCCCAUCAACGCCUAUUCGAGACGAUAAGGAGCCAAAGCAAGAUAGUCUCAACUUCUCAUCACGAGCGCACCAAUCUUCUGCCAAUCCCAACAGCGCUCUCAAAAGCUGCACACACAUUGACCUCCCAACGACACAGAACCUAUCAAACCAUACCCCAUCAAAAAGCAAUACAUUUUGA